GAGAGGACAAACAAAAAUGGAUCCGAAGGAGUGAGAACAAGUUUAACGUGAGAGUGAACGCCAAGGACUGACGGCCAUAAUGGAGAGCGACAUGAAGACCCCACUGUUGUCCAGCCCCAACUCUGAGUCCCCAGACUCCGCCCUCUCAUCCCCAUCUCUAAGCAGCCCCGUGGUCGGGAUCAUCGGCUCUGGAGACUUCUCCCGCUCCUUGUCCAUGCGGCUGCUGUCCUGUGGGUUCAGAGUGGCUGUGGGCAGCAGGGACCCAGCUCAGGUGGGCAAAGGUCCUUUUCCUGAGGGGGCUGAGCUUCAGACUCAGAGGGAGGCGGUGGAGGCAGCGGAGAGGGUGGUGUUUGCUGCCAUCUACCCCGAACACUACCCCACCCUGCUGAGUCUGAGGGAGGGGCUGGCGGGGAAGGUGCUGGUCGAUGUUAGUAACGCUGAGAGUCUGAGGAGAGGAGGGGGGCAGUCAAAUGCCGAGAGGCUGGCGGAGAUGUUCCCCAAGAGCGCCGUGGUGAAGGGCUUCAACACGGUGUCAGCUUGGGCGCUACAGGUCGGAGCUCACGACGGGAGCAGGCAGGUAUUGGUCUGCGGCGACUGCCCUGCCUCCAAGUCCUCAGUCAUCACGCUGGCUCGUCGUCUAGGAUUCAGCCCUGUGGAUCUGGGGGGUCUGAGUGCAUCCAGAGACAUCGAGGAAGCCCCACUCCUCCUUUUUCCCUCAUGGGGGGGUGCCAUCCUCACCACCUUCCUCCUCUUCCUCUUCUUCUAUGGUUACAACUUCCUGAGACACGUCCUGCUGCCAUACCUGGACAAAGGAGAGAACAACUUCUACCAGCUCCCCCUGGUGACCGUCAACGAAACACUGCCAUCUGUCGCCUUGGUCGCCCUCGCUCUGGUCUACCUGCCAGGUGUGCUGGCAGCAGUCCUGCAGCUGCUCAGAGGAACUAAAUAUCGCAGGUUUCCUGUCUGGUUGGAUCGCUGGCUCUGCAGCAGGAAGCAGCUGGGUCUGCUGAGCUUCAUGUGCGCUGUGCUGCACGCCAUCUACAGCAUGUGUCUGACGCUAAGGAGGGCCGCAGGAUACACCAUGCUGAACGCAGCAUACCGCCAGGUGAAAGCUGGUGUGGAAAAUUCAUGGGUGGAGCAGCAGGUGUGGAGGUCUGACCUUUACCUGUCCAGUGGAGUUCUGGGUCUUGGAGUCCUGGCUCUGCUCGCCAUCACGUCUCUGCCGUCUGUGGGAAAUGCCCUCACUUGGAGGGAGUUCACCUUUGUUCAGUCAGGUCUCGGUUACGUUGCUUUGACCCUCUCUGUCUCUCACACACUCUUCUUUGGCUGGGACUUCGCCUUCUCCCCCUGGUCUUACCCAUUCUUCCUCCCCCCGGUGUUCCUGCUCUCCCUCAUCCUGCCCUGUGCAGUCCUGGUUGCACGACUCCUCCUGGCUCUGCCGUGCGUGACGAACAGACUGACGAAGAUCCGCCGAGGCUGGGAGAGCCGACGGCACAGACUCGCUCAUAACACAGAGCCUAGCUCGUCUGAGGAGGAACGUCCUCAGAGAUUUGGUGACGUCUGAAGAUCCUAACAGUAGAUCUGGAAAAUCCAGAAGCUUCUAUUCUCUCUAUGAGAGUCUGCUGCUCCAGUUCUUUUCGAGCAGAGAUGAACAUUGUCCAAACGUUGGUUACCUGGGGCGAAGAUGGCCUCUGGUUGGGACACGGCUCAUGUACAGAAUCUCAGGUUUGAUUCCCACCUGUGGCUCCUUUCUGGUCUCCCUGGUGUAUGUCACCAUCCAUCGCAUUGUCCUCUUUAAGUAAAGGCAGAAAAACUGCAAAAAGAAAUCAACAAGUGAUUGAUACUCUUAGAUGCCAUGUGUUUUAAAACGAUCUCUGCAGUUUUAUCUGAAAGCAGUGAAACUCUGAAAACAUCAGAAAAUCCAUCAUGUUUUUAACCAACAGCUGCUGAGAGAUAAAGAAGAGAGCAGUGUCUAGAUUGCACACAAAAAUUGGCAACAUUUGGACAAGAGAGCAGGAUGUCACACCAACUACAUUGCACAAACAUGUUGGCAAUGUUUGGAUAAUGAAAAGUAGCCAUACUUUUGUGCAAACUAGAUUGGAAUCUUGCUGAUGUAUGUAUUCAAUGUAUGCUGACAAUUUAAACCAAAAUGUUGACAAUGUAUUAUAAACCUUUGAAAUAACACCAACAACAAAGUUGUUCAAUGAACAUCAGAACCUUGCCAAUACAUUAUGUUGCCAGUUUAUUGUCCAAUUUACACUUGAGAGAUGAAGGUUUUUUUAAUACAUUUAGACCAAAAUGUUACCAACACAUAAUUUGCGAUUUAGACUAAAACAUUGUCAAUGUAAUAAAUGCAAUAAAGUUUGGGAUAUAACAAUGUCUUGUGCAACUUACAAUGAAACAUUGGCAUUUUAGCAAUGUUAGACCUAAGUAUUGCCCACACCUAUUUGGUAAUUCAGACUAAAGAAUUGUGAAUGCAAUUUAACAACUUAGACUGAAAGUAUUUAAUUUAUAUGUGCAAAGAAGAGCACAUGUUCAGACUGAAACAAAGACAUUAGAAAUUUGGCAGUUGAGACUGAAAAUCAGCAAUUUAUUUGUGCAUAUUUGCCCAAAGCAUGACAAAUAUAUAAGUGCAAUUUGGACAAAAAACUCGUCAUUAUAAAUUGGCAAUAAAGUUUGAAAUAGCCUUAGCUCUUAUACUGAAGCAUUGCCUUUUUAGUUAUUUAGACCUAAAUGUUGCCAACACAUAUUUGGCAAUUCAGACUAAAACAUUGUCAAUGUAAUUUUUCAACUUAGACUGAAAGGAUUAAAAACAUUUUUAUUCAGACAUUGCCUUUCUAACAAUUGAGAGCUACAUGUUGCCAAUCCAUUUGUGCAGUUUUGCCUAAAAUGUUUCGAACAAAACUUUGAAAAAAACUUCAACUGAAAGGUCCUCAAAUUAUAAACAUUGCCAAUGUAUUUUUGCAAUUUAUCAUAAAAUUUUGCUAAUGAAAUAAUGUCAGUUUGAAUGGAGACAUUGUCUUUGCACAUUAAUUUGCCAUUAUAGAUGAAACAUCAGAUUUAUUUAUGCAAACAUCAUCAAUCUGUUGUGCAACUUUAACACAAAUUUACCUUUGUAAUUUUGGGAAAUGAGACUGAAAUAUUGCAAAGUAUUUUGCAACAUCUGCAGAAACAUAUUGCCCAAUAAUGUUGUCUAACACUUCUAUUUUUGUUGCAGUGCUUAAAAAGGGUUUAAGUCUGGUUUAAUAUUAUUUUCCUGAAUCAAAUCAUUGCUGUUUGUAUGAGAACGAGGCAGUUGUCUCAUCAGCGCUGCCAAAGACUCUGAUCAGAGGGGCCUUAGCACCUUUUUUAAAAUCAGUAUUUUUUAUUUUUAUAUUUUUUAAUUUCUUAGCUGAAUUGUAGACCAAAGCUUGGUCCAGAAUGGACAACUAGACUCUGUGAUUUGUAGCAUUUAGACGCAGGGUCCCGCCAGCAGGUGAGCGUCAGGUACUACGUUAAAUUGAUCAGCAUCUCUCCCUGGCUGUCCAUUCAUAGUCUGUUGAACAUUUUAUUCUCUGCUCUGUUUCAGUUUCCUCUCAUGAAAAAUAUGACAUCCAGUGCUUUAUUUUGAAGGCAGAGAGACAGAAGAGGGAUACUGCGCAUGCGCCGGAUGUGUGAGGACGCUGGCGUGUUUGUCGCCGCUUCACAAUCCUAAGAAAACUGUCUGCUUUCGCUUAACAUCGAUUAUUUCUUGUAGUUCUGCUGUUCCUCUGCUGUUGCUAAACCUUCCAAUCGAGCGCUGAUUGAUAUCAGUUAGCUCUAACUUUGUUACAACCAACCUUGUGUUGUCGUCAGCCGAAGUACUCACCGCGCCACAGCUGUUAGCGUCCUCCAGCUAACCUCUAGCCCCCUGUCUUAGCAAGUGUCCCACCGGAGCUCCGAAUGUGCUUUUCCCCUUCGAAUCUUGAGCUUUCUCUCCUGACCACCUGUGGAUCUUCCAUUAGGUUUUCCCAGGUAGACGCCUGUGAACCGUAAUUCCUCUCGGAUUAGCUGUUAGCUCGUAGCCGCCGAUCAGCUGUUAGCGUCCUCCGGCUAACCUCUAGCCUCCUGGCUUAGCAAGAGACCCACCGGAGCCCUGGCUGUGCUUUUCCCCUUCGAAUCUUGAGCAUUCUCUCUUGACCCCCUGUGAAUCUUCCAUCAGGAUUUCCCGGCUAGACGCCGGUUUAGCUGUUAGCUUGUAGCCGCUGAUCAGCUGUUAGCCUCUGUGGGCUAGCGGAUAGCUAGCUAGCAGCAGCCUGCUCCCACUGCUUCCUCGUGCAGCUAACAUGGUGCUCCUCAAAUACUCGCCCCAGCAGCUUAGCUAGCUACCAACCUGACCACUACACAUCCUAUAACCACAGUUGAUGCCCUGGCGAAUCACUACAAUACAGCACUAUCCCUCAGCCUGGAUUCUCUCGCCCCUCUGAAGACUUGCUCAGUCUCCUUUACCCACCCAGCCCCCUGGUACACUGCUGAACUCCGCUUCAUGAAGGCUUCUGGCCGACAGCUGGAGAGACUUUCUAAAAAAUCUGGCCUCACCAUCCAUCUGGAGGCCUAUAAAGAGCAUGUGUGCUCCUACAAAGAAGCUCUCUCCAGAGCAAAGUCCAGCUACUACUCAUCCCUCAUCAGUGACCAGCAAAACCAUCCCCGGAUGCUCUUCUCCACAAUAAAUCGCCUUCUCCGCCCCAUUGACGACCUUCAUUCCCCAGCCAACUUCGACCGCUGCACUAGGCACCUGCAGUUUUUCCAGGAUAAAGUUGCCUCCAUCUAGCAGCAACUUUCAUCUGGACCUCCACCUCAGGAUUUCACUUCACAUCAGGACACCGCUCCUCUGCCUCACUGCCGUCUUUCCUGCUUCACACCCGUGGACAUUCUCCAAGUGGCUGAAUGGGUCAAGAAGGCCAAGGCAUCCACCUGCUCCCUCGACCCCAUGCCCACACCACUGGUGAAAGCAUCUCUGUCUGUUCUGUGCCCCAUCAUGGUAGACAUCAUCAAUACCUCAUUAUCAUCUGAAAUUGUCCCCUCAUCCUUCAAAACUACCUCAGUAACCCCCAUCAUCAAGAAGCCUGGGUCAGACCCGGAGGACCUCUCCAACUAUCGACCGAUCUCCAACCUUCCCUUCAUCAGCAAAAUUCUCGAAAAAGCAGUCGCUGCCCAACUCCAGCAACACAUGUCCAACCAUGAGCUCCAUGAACCUCUUCAAUCAGGAUUUCGCACUCACCACAGCACUGAGACCGCCCUUAUCAAAAUAACCAAUGACCUCCUCACAGCUGCAGAUUCUGGACACAUCAGCCUCCUCAUUCUCCUUGACCUAACCGCUGCCUUCGACACAAUAUCCCAUACCGUCCUCCUUGACCGCCUGUCUCACCAUCUUGGCAUCACUGAUACAGCUCUCUCCUGGUUUCACUCAUAUCUCUCACAAAGAAAAUAGUUUGUUACCAUCGGCACCUCUCACUCAUCCCCCGCCCCAGUUAACCAGGGCGUGCCU